GUUGAUCUUCAUACUUAUGUACUAGAGCCCUAGCCACUGACCCUAAGAAUGCUUAAAAGUCGCAGCAUUCGCUCAGGAGUAAUAUUGGAUUUUGCAACACUAUCUUCCUUUAUCAUUCAACAACACAGAUUGACGUCCGCUGCUUUUUGAGGGAUUUUAUUUACAGCAACUUGUCGUUACCAAUACUUCUUGAUUACUACUACCCCGCCGUCACGAUGAAGUUCUCCCUCCCUCUUGCUAUGAUGUUCGCUGCGGUAGCUAUUGCGAGGCCAGUGGAACAACCAGGCGUUAUAAAGCGAGUAAGUAACAAGUUCAGCGGGGAUCUAGUAAAUCCCGGGCUAGUAGGGUUUUCAUAUUUUCUUAACCUUAUAAAUCUCAUUACUGGCGGGCAUACUGAUGUGACUGGCGAUUAUAGGAACCUGAUGAAGUCAGUGGUAUCCCCUGAUUGACGGAGAGUGUGAUAUCUAGCAGUAUGCUGAUAUGACUGGCGAUUAUAGGAAAAAGUAAGUGGUAUCCCUGAUGGAUGAAGAGUGUGAUAACUGGCAGCAUGCUGAUGUGGCUGGCGAUUAUAGAAAGUAAGUGGUAUCCCCUGAUGGACGAAGAGUGUGAUGACUGGCAGCAUGCUGAUAUGACUGGCGAUUAUAGCCUGUAAGUGGUAUCCCCUGAUUGACGAAGAGUGUGACAACUGGCAGCAUGCUGAUGUGACCGGUUACAGUGAUGACCACGGCCUCUUGUGGC